CUACUAUAUUUGGUAUUUCCUAUGUUCUCCAAUUUUAUACAGGUAAAAAUAUAAACAAGUUUCUUGCAAGCACAAAACGCUUAUGAAACUAUAUUGUCCACUGCUCAGUGGUGGUUCUCAUAUCCCACCAACUAAGUUCAAGCUGCAGGAAGAUCCAAGCAGAGUAGGUCAUAAGAAGGAUAACACCAAAAAAAGAUUGCUAGAAAAGCAAAGCAUCAGAUGAUAAGAGAGAGAUGGGAUGUCAAGUUGAUAAAAGAAAUAGUACUCAGAGGGAAAUUAGUAUAAAUAACUGAUCUAGACUAGUAUAGAAAUUUUUUAAGAGAAAAAGGUGGGAUCCCACAAGAUAGGGGAGGCCUACAUCAGAGACACUUUAAUACGCAAUAGAUUCUUGUUUCUAAGUCUCUGCUUAUAUAUUUGUAGCAACUAGUUCAGUUUCGAACCAAAGUUAAAAGCAGCUCUUUAACUUCCCCUUUCACCAGCAUACUACGACAUAUAAACAGUUCUAGUAUCAGUUCACCAUGCCAGUCUGUUCCGUGGCUCCAAAACUGGAAAAUGGCACUGAACUGGUUACAGGUCUGCCGAACAGGCCGGAGGCGUGUAACACCGCUUAUCUGGCUUACCCCAUACAGAGGAAUUCACAGUCCUUUCUACAACGGAUUUUAUAUCCCAUAACUUUAAAGUUUGAGGAGAUUGUUUACAAGGUAAAUUCUGAAAGAAAAGGAACAUGUUGUGGAGGAACAUCAAGCACUAAAGAGAAAACAAUACUCAAUGGGAUAACAGGCAUGGUUUGUCCCGGAGAGAUACUGGCAAUGCUUGGUCCAUCAGGCAGCGGAAAAACAACCCUCCUCACAGCCCUUGGAGGCCGCCUUUCUGGGAGGUUGUCUGGAAAGAUCACUUACAACGGCCAGCCAUUUUCAGGUUCUAUCAAACGUCGAACUGGAUUUGUUGCACAGGAUGAUGUUCUAUAUCCACAUCUCACGGUAUUUGAAACUCUUGUAUUUACUGCACUACUAAGGCUACCCAACAGCCUGACCAAAGAAGAGAAAGUACAGCAUGUGGAGCAUGUUAUAACAGAGCUGGGGUUAACAAGGUGUCAGAACAGCAUGAUAGGAGGGCCACUGUUCAGAGGAAUAUCAGGUGGAGAGAAGAAGAGGGUUAGCAUAGGUCAAGAAAUGCUGAUCAACCCAAGUUUGCUACUGCUGGAUGAGCCUACUUCAGGUCUUGAUUCAACGGCAGCUCAGCGGAUCUUGAAGACUCUCAAAGGGCUUGCUAGUGGAGGUCGAACUAUUAUAACCACCAUUCAUCAGCCUUCUAGCCGUCUUUACUAUAUGUUCGACAAGGUAGUCUUGCUAUCAGAAGGUUCGCCAAUCUACUAUGGCCUUGCAUCAUCUGCGUUGGAGUAUUUCUCUUCCAUUGGAUUUUCAACAUCGCUCACUGUCAAUCCUGCUGAUCUCUUGCUUGAUCUUGCUAAUGGAAUUGGACCUGAUUUCCAGCAUGCUACUGACCAGAGUGACAGCUCGCAACAAGACUCAACAUCUGUGCGAGAAUUUCUCAUCUCUGCUUAUGACAAGAACAUUUCUACAAGACUGAAAAUUGAGCUAUGCAGUUCAGAUGUCGGCAGCUACAAUUACAAAGAAGCAUCCACAGGAAAUGAUGUGAAAUCUGAGAAAUGGUGCACAACUUGGUGGCAUCAAUUCAAGAUCCUGCUUUUACGGGGACUCCGGGAACGAAGAUUCGAAGCCUUCAACAGGUUAAGAAUCUUCCAAGUCUUAAGCGUGGCAAUACUAGGCGGGCUUUUAUGGUGGCGCACUCCUUCAUCUCACAUUGAUGACCGUAUUGCCAUGUUAUUCUUUUUCUCAGUGUUUUGGGGCUUCUACCCACUGUACAAUGCUGUUUUCACCUUUCCCCAAGAAAGAAACAUGCUAAUCAAGGAAAGGUCGUCUGGUAUGUACCGCCUCUCUGCCUACUUUCUAGCCAGAACAGUGGGAGAUCUUCCCAUGGAGCUUGCACUGCCAACAGCAUUUACAUUCAUUUUUUAUUGGAUGGGUGGCCUUAAACCUGACCCUUCGAGCUUUGUCCUCUCACUUUUGGUUGUCCUUUUUAGCGUCCUUGUUUCCCAAAGUCUUGGCUUGGCAUUUGGUGCCAUACUCAUGGACGUCAAACAAGCUGCAACUUUAGCCUCAGUAACUACUUUGGUCUUCCUUAUUGCCGGAGGAUAUUAUGUCCGACAAAUUCCCCCAUUCAUAGUCUGGCUAAAAUAUCUGAGUUACAGCUACUAUUGUUACAAGCUCCUUCUUGGGGUUCACUACAACGAGGAUGACUACUAUGAAUGUGCAAAGGAAGUCUAUUGCCGAGUUUCAGAUUAUCCUGCCAUCAAGUCAGUAGGUUUAAGCCAUUUGUGGAUGGAUAUGUCCAUCAUGGUGCUGAUGCUGGUGGGCUAUCGGUUUAUUGCAUACAUAGCUUUACACCGGGUACGGUGAAGGAUGCUUAGUGGAAGACCUAUAGAAGUUCAACAGUUUUUAUUUCUUCGACCGAGAAAUAAUGAUAGUUUAGGCAAACACCCAUUGCCAGGUUUUGAUCAUAGACAACUAUAAAAUUAGCGUUGUACCCUCUGGCGAUGGUUUGUAUAAAUCUGAUUCAUGACAGGUUUUCAUACUUGUGGAAUAAACUUGAACAUCCAUCAAGAAGUGCGCAUGUUAUGAUAAGAAUAAGAGUAAAUAAGCGACUAAACCUU